AUGAAGACACACGCCACGAUGAUCAAUCCUCUGACGGCCGACUUGCGAGAGCUCCAGAGCGCACUCGAUAGUGGAGCCUUGCAAAGUGUUGAUCUGGUGCGGUUGUACACAGAUCAGAUCCUGAAACAUGACGGCUACCUGAAGGCCAUGAUCAAGUUCAAACCGUUGCAGAGAGUCGUCAGAGCUGCGGAGAUGCUUGACAAAGAGCGAUCUGAAGGGAAAAUCCGAGGGCCUUUGCAUGGCAUCCCCAUUGUCAUCAAGGACAACAUUGAUACUCACCCUGACCUUGGCUUUCAGACGACUGCCGGGAGCUACGCACUGGUGGAUUCCUGGCCACGACAAAAUGCCAGAAUAGUCGACCUGCUGAUUGCCGCCGGAGUCAUCAUAAUUGGCAAGACGAACCUGAGUGUAUGCGAUCCGUGUGCCAUCGUAGGCGAAAACAUAAUAAGUGGUUACUCUGCUGUCGGCGGCCAAGUCCAGUCUGCCUAUGUACGCGGCAAGGUCGACCCAGACGCUGGUAAGGACAGCCACAGCAAUCCUUCUGGGUCAUCUUCUGGCUCGGCUGUUGCAGUUUCGGCAGGCUACAGUCCUUUCUCCAUCGGCACCGAGACCGACGGCUCGCUCAUUCUGCCUGCUGGCAGAGCGGCCCUGUACACGAUCAAGCCCACAAUCGGCCUCGUCCCACAAGCUGGGAUUGUGCCUAUUUCGUCCAAUUUCGAUUCAGCCGGUCCCAUGGCCAAGACUCCCUAUGACAUGGCCGUGCUCCUUGAUGCGAUUGUCGAUCCUGAGCGUAAACCUUCACAAAGCUACACUUCUGCACUGACAGGGAGCUGGAGUGACAUUUCUGUUGCGACGCUGGACCCCGAAGUGUGGGACUUGCCGGAUACCUGGUUACGCCCAGUCGAGAAUGCUACGCAGCAAAUGAACCGAGAGAUCCGCCAGGCAUAUGCCAAAAUUGAGACAUUGGCCAAGUCGUACGCAGGCAGUGUGCCUUUGAUCCGUCCCGAUGCCUUUAAGCUGAACGGCCAAAAGAGCGAGGUUGUGGUUGUAGCAGCCGACUUCGUGCGGAAUAUCAAUGCCUAUCUCGAAACCCGAGUCAAUUCCACGGUUCGCAACCUCCAGGAGCUCAUAGAGUUCAACGAACGACAUGCCGAGAUGGAACUUUCUCCCUAUUCUCCGAACCAAGAACGACUCACACGAGCGUAUCGACAAUCAAUCACCGCGGACGAGUACAACGCGCACUUCGAGCACCUCCGACGUGUGGCGCGUGAUCAGGGGAUAGAUUUCAUCCUCGACACGUAUGGAGUCGACGUGAUCAUGGCACCGGCGGACAGCCUGCUGAUUUCCUACGCGGCCUGCAGCGGAUAUCCAAUUGCUACAUUGCCACUGUCAUAUCUCGACUACAAUGGCAGACCGUUCGGGCUUUCGGUAGUGGCGCGUGCUCACCAGGAUGCGCUGUUGAUCAGGGUCCAAAGUGCCUGGGAAGCUACAUUUGGCCCCCGAAAACCGCCUACAGACAUGAAUGGUGCAUGA